AGCCAUUUUUUGCAUAUCUUUUAUUUUUAUUAAUAACAUAGCUCAUGGAAAAAUAUCCGUCUUGGUUCUGCUUAUUUGUGCGUAGUAUCUUGGUCAUCUCGGCUCUGCGGCUGCUCAGCAGUAGAAGCUUUGUGGCUGGAUGCAUGUAUUACAUAUUUCAACCAUGUCUCGGCGGUUUCCUUACAUUUCGGACAAGUCCAGGGGCCUGGAUUCGGGAAAUAGUCUAUGUAACCGGCGGCAUAAUGGUAAGGCUCAGGCAUAGUUAAAGUGUAAAAUUUAGUCAGUACCGUCAGUAAAAAAAAUAAAAGUAAAGGUUGAAUUUAAAAAAAGAGAUAUAUGCAAAAAGUAGCAUUCUUUAUA